UCAGCAGACAUCUGUAAAAUAACUACCCUGCUUAGCUCUAGAAAACAUGACGUAACCAAGACAAUAUGAAGACAAACAACAAGACACAACGAGGGGGAAACCCCCAUCACAACCCCUCAAAAAGAAGACUAGGAAAGCUAAAAGGAGACCAGGCCCAGAUCCACAUACCAAUAGGGAAACACAAGUGGAAAGCUCUGAGGGAGCUGAAAAAAGCCCGGAUAGAGGCGGGGCUCUAUCAAGAUGUGAGAGAGACUGAUGGGGAUAAGAAGAAGACUGACCUGUUGAAAGUUGCUCAGAAACAAUCUGCUAAGGUAAAAGAGGAAAGGGCUCAAAACAUAGCUGAAAAAGGUGACGAAGAAAAAAAGGAAGAGAUGACAAAACGGCAAGGCCAAAGAGCUAUUUACAAGAAGAAAAUGACAGCCAAAACAAAACAUGGACAACCAGUUAUGAGACAUCAGAUAGGAUAUCUUCUCCAUAAGAUCAAACACAGUAAAUGAACUUUUCUUCGCCAGAGAAAUGUCUAUCUGAUUGCCUAUCGUUUUACCUAGGUUUAUUUAUUGUUAUAUUGUGAUGUUGAAAGCCACUUUUAACCCUUGAUUA